AUGGCGGUGAAUAACGAAGAAGCGAUAGCAACCCCAUUAAGUGAAGGGGAUCUGAAAAAAGUGUACUAUGAAAAUUUUAUAGACGAUUUGACGGAUGAAGAACUCAUGUACAAGAAAACAGUGGAAGAUUUGUUUUAUAUUUAUAAGUCAUUUGGAUUCAUUUAUUCUAUCAUAAAAAAGGCAAACCUUUUGCUGAGUAAGGAGAGUUUCGACAUGUUCUUGAAAUCGCUUGUAAGCUUUAUUGAUGAGUUGUUUCUCAAUAACCCCAAUUUGUUUGACAGCGAAGGAAAUGAUGUGAACCAAAUUUUUACCAACAAAGAAAUUGGAGGAGGAGGUACCAAAAAGAGGAAAGGAGAAUUUGAACAAACAUAUAUCGUUAACAACAGCGACAAUAAUUCUUUUAUGAGUAUCUUAUCGAAGACAUAUAUUGAGGAGUUAUUAAAGGAUAUUAACAAUAUAGAUCCGAAUUUCAACGAAAGGAAUGCACAAGAUUAUUUGUUCAUCACGAAGCAUAUUCUUAAAAUGAAAAAUACUCUCGAAGUGGAACAUGUAAAGAAUCGAAUUGAUAAACUAAAAAAUAUAUUAAAUGUAGGGAAGACGAUUUUUCACGAAGAUGAAGUAUUGGAUGAUAAUUCUAAUGAUAAUGAUGGAAAUAAAAAAAUAAAGGUACAUGAUCAUAUUGAUCAGAUGAUAGAAAAAUUGAAGACCAUUGGACCAUCUAUUGUUGCUAUUUUUUAUAAACAAAGUCUUUGGUACAAACAGAUUGUUAACAAAUCUGAGUAUGAUAGCUUAAAUUCGAUUCUGAACUUAGAUGUAGAUGCAGACAACAAAGUUGUAGAAUCGACUUACGCAGAUGUGAUUCUCCUGCUUGGCGAUAAAAUGACACAAAAUAAAGAUCUCAUAAUUGCCAAGGAAAAAUUGGAAAGACUCAAAACGAAUUACGAUGCAGAAAUCCAAAGGAAGCUUCAACAAGAAAUGGAACUCUCCAAAAAAUUAGAAGACAAAAGAAAGGCAGUGCAGUUCAUAAUUGAUAGAUAUAAUGAGUACACCUGGUUUGAUAAAAAUUCCCCUAAGAAACAUUCCUUCUACAUAAUAGGUAUUAACCCCAGGACCACUACAGAGGAACAACUAAAGAGUUGCGGUAAAAGAUUGAAACAUAUAUUGCACCCCGACAAGGAACCCGACAAGGAGUGGAAGAAAAAGGCCGAGUCCGCUUUUAAGGAGGCGUCCCUUGCCAUUUUGGGGUGUCAGCAGGAAUUCAAAACGAAGAUUCUAAAGAAUCUGGAGCCGGGGCCACCCGCUCCGUACUUGGCGCUCAUCGGGAUUGAGACGGCAAGCGACACUAACGGAGUUGGUGGUAGUGGUGUUGGCCCUACCAGCGGAGUCGGUGAGGCUAGCGAUCAAGGAACCGCGCGACUCCCGCAAUAUUACCCCACACAGGCCUACUAUCCCAAAUUCGACCUCAAGUGCGUGGACCAAAAAAUUGGUACCAUCCUCAUUGACGUCAAGUGCCCUGUGCAACUAGGAGUGGUGAAGAAGUUGAUCCUUUACGUCCACAGACCCAUCUACGGAGCUGAGCCACUGAAUUUAAUCCCAGAGGAUUCAUUCCUUUCGCACAAAAUGGAACAAAAUGUAAACGUAAAAAAUUUGAACCAGUCUAUUGAAGCACGCGUUGACUUUGUGCAACCCUUAGAAAUCGCCGCGUCUACCAAGUACUACAUUGGCAUUCAGCUAAUAGCCGAGAGGGGAAACACCAUGAUUAAUUGGAAUUCCAUCAACAUAACGCUUCACAAGUUUAGCAACAAAAAUAUUAUUAAGAAGUUAUUGUCUUCUUUUAAGAAUGCCUCCUUCAUUAAUCAGGCCCAACUGAAUGUGGUCCUGUCGAAUGAGAACAAAGAGGAGAUGACCAAAUAUUUAAAUGAAUGCAUUGCUGCGGCGAAGAUAUGGGCGCAGACCGUGUAG